AUGGCACGCAACUUCCGUUCAACUAUCUUUUCCAUUAUUCUCCUGUGCUUGUUGAGAGUUGAGAAGACUUUUGCUCAAAGCUCCAACGUUACCUGUCUCCCUUCUUAUAGCUGGGCAUCAAACAGCAAAAGCCAAAACCCAUGUAUCGUCGCUGCAAUCCUGCAGACAGUCUGCAAUGAUGGGGUUUUCACUGUCAACAGCCUUCCUGAUGGCUAUCACUACAUCGGCCCAAGGCAGAAUGAUCCGUCCACUCAAAAUGUUUGCAUCUGUAGCACGCCCGUAUACGAGCUUAUGUCCGCGUGCGCCGAUUGCCAGAAUAGGACAUUCAUAAGUUGGUCUGCUUGGAGUCUAUAUUGUACAAACUUCCCCGGUAUCCAGGAAGGGAUCUAUAAUUCUUCGAUCCCACGGUCAACAGCGAUUCCUCAGUGGGCGUUCGAAAAGCCUUCGCAAAAUAAUGACCUAUACAACAGCACCCUUGCGAAGCAAAUUGGGGACUCUCCGGAAAGCACAUUCGUACCAUCGUCCACGGAAUUCAGUAGUAGUACCUUGGCGGGAACCACAACUGGGACACCGACCCUUUCAACGAGCUUCUCGCUUCCCUUUACUGUUUCGACAAGUACACCCGCAGGGAGUGGCGGGGGAAGCAAGACGAACGUAGCAGCCAUAGCUGGGGGUGUUGGUGGAGGCGUGGUGGGUAUCGCGCUAAUAGCUGGUCUAGCGUACCUCCUUCUCCGUAACCGCGGACCUCCUGAGGCCAGGCCCGAUCCAAAUGCCUAUCAGGGCACCCUCAACAACACUACCGACACUACUUUCAAUGGCGACCCAGCCUUCAACGGUGCUCCGACCUACAACCAGCGCGCACCGGGUUUCAUAACCCCACCCAUGCAGGGGCUCAAUGAAGGCCCAAUCUUUCCGGGUCCCAACCAGGGCGUGACUAUACCAAUGCGGGAGCCCUAUACCAACCUGGGUGUAAUGGGCUUCGUGCCUCCACCCGUGCAGGAGCAACCUCAGUUGGCGCAUCAACAGCCUCAGAUGGCCCCGCUGUACACUGGGGGGACCGGCCGAUGA